UUUCCUUCCCUCUUGUUUUAUUUCAUCUUUAAUCCAAACAUAGUAUCGAGUUAAACGACAUCGUCUAAAAAAGUGCAUGAAAUGAUAAAUUUUAUCUCACCAGAGUACAGAACGUGAAUCCGUUAUCGCAAACGGGCCAGUAGGUAGUAGCUUUAGCUUCUGCAGGUCGCAGCAGUAGCAAGAGGUUGAAGAUAGAAAGAUAAUGGUGCGUUUUGGCGGGAAAAUGGCGGGCCAGGUGGUGAGGUUUGGCGGGACUGGUAUUGGCCAGGUUCUGGUGGCAGCCGCGGUGUCUCUUCUGCUCCGAUUGUUUUCCGGACCAGGCCCUGCUUUGACACCGGAAGACGAGUUCGAUGACGAUGAGAUGAACGACGUUAACGGAGACGAUGAAUCUGGAAAGGCUCCGGUUCUGGGGAAAGUUGUUCCGGUUACUAUCCGCUGGACCAACAUCACGUGUUCUCUUUCUGAUAAAUCCUCUAAACAGGUGCGAUUUCUGUUGAAAAAUGUGAGUGGAGAAGCAAAACCUGGAAGAUUACUUGCAAUCAUGGGGCCUUCUGGAUCAGGAAAAACGACUUUGCUCAAUGUCCUGGCAGGGCAACUAAUGGCAUCAUCUCGUCUGCAUUUAUCUGGUCUUUUGGAGGUCAAUGGGAGACCUAGUUCUAACAGAGCUUACAAGUUUGCUUUUGUGAGACAGGAGGAUCUUUUCUUCUCACAGCUUACUGUGAGGGAGACACUGUCUCUUGCUGCAGAACUUCAACUUCGAGAUAUAUCUUCGGUGGAAGAAAGAGAUGAGUACGUGAACAAUCUGCUGUUCAAGCUAGGCCUGGUUAGUUGUGCUGAUUCAAAUGUUGGUGAUGCAAAAGUUCGUGGGAUAAGUGGUGGUGAAAAGAAACGUUUAUCACUGGCAUGUGAACUUAUUGCAAGCCCAUCUGUCAUUUUUGCUGAUGAACCCACAACAGGACUUGAUGCUUUCCAGGCAGAGAGGGUAAUGGAAACUCUUCGACAACUGGCUCAGGAUGGACAUACUGUCAUUUGCUCCAUUCACCAACCCAGAAGUUCAGUAUACAGUAAAUUUGAUGACAUCGUUUUGCUAACAGAGGGUGCGCUUGUUUAUGCUGGUCCUGCACAUGAUGAACCACUGACAUACUUCUCCAAAUUUGGGUAUCGUUGCCCUGAUCAUGUCAAUCCAGCUGAAUUUUUGGCUGAUCUCAUAUCCAUUGACUACACUUCUGCUGAAAGUGUGUACUCUUCCCAGAAAAGGAUAGAUGGUCUUGUUGAGUCAUUCUCACAACAAUUAUCAACAGUCCUUUAUGCAACUCCCCUUAAUACAAGGAAGAGCUACAAGUAUGGCAUGAAGUUAAGCAAGAAAACCAUUGUAAAGCGGGAAGGUUCUUGGUGGAAGCAAUUCUGGCUGCUCCUUAAACGUGCAUGGAUGCAAGCUUCUCGUGAUGGACCAACAAACAAAGUUCGGGCAAGAAUGUCAAUUGCAUCAGCUAUAAUAUUUGGGUCUGUUUUCUGGAGAAUGGGAUUAUCUCAGACAUCAAUACAAGACAGAAUGGGAUUGCUCCAGGUCGCAGCAAUAAAUACAGCAAUGGCUGCUCUCACCAAAACAGUGAGUGUGUUUCCCAAGGAACGUGCAAUUGUGGAUAGAGAGCGUGUAAAGGGAUCUUAUGCAUUAGGGCCAUAUCUUCUCUCUAAAUUGAUAGCUGAGAUUCCUGUUGGAGCUGCUUUUCCAUUAAUGUUUGGUGCUGUAUUGUAUCCCAUGGCACGUCUUAAUCCCACUUUGUCCAGGUUUGGAAAAUUCUGUGGAAUUGUAACUGCAGAAUCAUUUGCUGCAUCUGCAAUGGGGCUAACUGUUGGAGCAAUGGUUUCAACCACUGAAGCAGCAAUGGCAGUGGGACCAUCUCUAAUGACAGUAUUCAUUGUAUUUGGGGGGUAUUAUGUCAAUGCAGAUAAUACACCAAUCAUCUUCCGAUGGAUACCACGUGUUUCUCUGAUAAGAUGGGCCUUUCAAGGGCUUUGCAUCAAUGAGUUCAGAGGACUUAAGUUUGAUCAUCAACAUUCAUUUGAUAUUGAAACCGGUGAACAGGCACUUGAGCGGCUCUCUUUUGGAGGAAGCCACAUUAAUGAAACCGUUAUAGCUCAGAGUAGAAUUUUACUAUUUUGGUAUUACAUUAGUUACCUUCUCCUUGAGAAAAACAAGCCCAAAUACCAACAGCUCGAGCCACCGCCUCUUGAACAUAUUGAACCACAGCUACAGCUUGAGCCAUUGGAUCCUGACCAAGAAGAACAACUCAAAUUUGAUCCUGUUUCACCGAAACAAGAUGAAUCAAACCAGCAAUAUGAAUCACCUGCUGUUGACCAAAUCCGACCAUUUGUCUUAGAAGGUACUAAGUAAAGGAGAGACGUCUUUGCAAUUAAGGAGGGUCUCGUGCCUUUUUCUGAGCUGAUAGAAAUAGACAACAAUAAAAGUUCAUUUCUAUGUAUAUCUGAAAAACUGAAGCAGCUCAGAAAUCUCACUUGUAAUGUAGAAUGUCGCUGUAUAAUUAAAUGUCAGGCACUCAUCUUUCUCUUUCACCGGCGAAAAUCCUAUUUCAACAUGUGCUGUGCUUUCUGCUGGUUGAGGCUUUACAACUUGGCUUGCACAGAGUCAAAUUAUCGCAUAUAAGCCAUUGAUUUUUGUUUUGUUUUGUUUUUUUUUGACAUUUAGAAUAUCAUGAAGUUUGAAUCGGAGUAUGAAAUCUGUUUUAUUAGGUCAGUUCAAGGCACUCAUAUAAAACAUUGUUCCACUAUUCUUUUAAUGGAACGGUUGUAUUGUAGGUUAGCUUGCUAAAAUGCACCUUCUUUGUCUGAUGAAAUUUCACUAUUUGUUUAAGAAAAUCUUGGUUAAAUAA